GUAAAUAGUGGCACCGUACAUGUGGCAAUGAAUCUCUCACCCCAUUUAUGCUUCUCUAUCUGAUGGUAAUGGGUCACCAAAGCACCAACUGUUCAUCAAGUGACUGCCUACUUGAGAAAUACUACUUAUCCACUGUGUAUUCACUGGAGUUUAUAUUCGGGAUUCUUGGCAAUAGUAUAGUGAUGUUUGGCUAUAUUUUCUGCAUGAAGAAGUGGACCAGCGGAAGUGUGUACCUAUUCAACCUGUGCUUAUCAGACUUUGUUUUCCUAUGCACCCUUCCUCUACUGAUUCAAAGCUACACCCACGGGAGCUGGAUGUAUGAGGUGUUCCUGUGCUAUAGCAAUAGAUACUUGCUGCAUGCCAAUCUCUACACUAGCAUACUUUUUCUAACCUUCAUUAGUAUUGAUCGAUACUUGAUUAUUAAGUUUCCUUUUAAAGAUCAUAUUAUGCAGAAGAAGAAAACCGCUAUUGUCAUUUCUGUUGGUGUUUGGAUUGUGGUCAUGUUAGAAAUAGCACCAAUUCUGUUUUUUAUAGAAUUGCGCAACAACAGCCAAUGCCUCAGCUAUGCAAGCUCUGGGAUGGCGUCUUACAGUCUUGUAUACAGUGUAUGCCUCACUGUCACAGGUUUUAUCAUCCCCUUGUGUACCAUGUGUAUAUUUUACGUGAAAAUGGCUGGCUUUUUGAAAACCAGGAGUCAAUCCCUUACAACAUCCUUCUCUCUGGACAAACCUCUCACUUUAGUGUCUGUUGCUGUGAUGGUGUUUUUUUUAUUAUUUACUCCAUAUCACAUCAUGAGAAAUGUCAGGAUUGCAUCACGUAUGGAGGGAUUGCAGCUGAGUGAAGAAGCAAUGAUCACCAUCAAUUCCAUCUACGUCAUCACAAGACCGAUUGCCUUCUUGAACAGUGUGAUAAACCCUGUGUUCUAUUUUCUUAUGGGGGACAAUUUUAGGGAAAUGUUGCUAGCCAAAAUACGGCGCUGUUUCAAAAUUAUGGAAUGCCCCUGCACAUACGAUUUAAAACCCAACUGCAAUAAAUCAAGGGGUUAUACAGAAGAUUCUUAGCAGUAAUAGUUUUUACAUUAUAACUGUAUAUAG